AUGUUACUCAUCCACGGAUUCUGUGGCAGGGUUUCCGGACAACUCAUUGCGAGCCCGGCGGCGGAGCGGCAGUCUUCGCAAAUCGGCCUCUGCACGCCCCACGCCUCCCGCCUCCCGCCUCCCGCCGCUAGUAGAGGUUGCCGGCCCCUGGCGCGCUCUCGUUUCUCGGAACGGCGACCGCCGCCGGCGGCGGUGGGGGUCAAGGCGGCGGCUAUAAGAGCGUUGCCCGCCGAGUCGCCUGCAGACCGGCGAGACAGCCCGCAGACGCUCGACAACAUGGCCCGCUCACUGGUAGUCCUCUUCUGCGCCCUCGCGGCGCUGGCCGCGUCGGAGAACCCGCUGCUCUCCCAGCUGGAGAACAUCGACGUCGACGCCGUGCUCGCCGAUCCGGAGAGGGUCGACGCGGCCGUCAAGUGCUUCCUCAGCGACACCGACGACAGCUGCAACACCCGCGCCAAGGUCAUCAAGAGCCUGAUUGCUGAGAUGCUGAAGACGAACUGCGCCGAGUGCUCGGACAAUCAGAAGGCGGCCGUGGCCAAGUUCAUGGCGCACAUCGCCAAGAACAAGCCGGAGGAGAUGAAGCAGCUGCUGGCCAAGUACGACCCCAAGGGCGAGGCGCUCGCCAAGUACGGUGACAGCUGGAGGGAGAAGGGCAUCAUCGCCUGAGCGCGAGGGCGCAAAGGCAAGGGCGGGGGCGCCCACUCCUAGCGACAGGCGGGCACACGUCGAAGACUGUUUGAAAUCCCUGUACUUGUGGAAGACUGCUCUGAAAGGGAAAUAAAACCGUUUGUUUCGAACUUUA